AUGGAACCAACCACAGACUCGGAGAAGUCUGCCAUCAAGUACAAACCGCAACUCCACAUCUCGUACGGCUGCCACCCGUAUCCUGCUGUUCAGGCCAACGGCUCGAUCAGUGGUGGCUUGAAAUGGUCUGGCAAGACCAAUGGCGACUGCGAACAACCUAAUCUGGGGUCCCAAGUCUACUCGCGGUCGGACUGGUACAAGGGCAAAUGGGCCAUUAUGUACGCUUGGUAUUUACCCAAGGCAGCGCAGUUUAUGCUGAAAUUUGAUACUGGCCACCGUCACUUCUGGUUGUAUUCAAUGGUGUGGACAGACAGUCCGAAUCCUGACAACUCGACUAUUCUUGGUGUGUCCAUGUCCGGUAGCAGGGGCUACGUGAAGAAGCCUUCUCCAAAGACCAAGUACAUUGAAAAAGGGACGACGAUCAAGCUUGAGUCCUACGUGGGUUUUUGGAUGGGCGUCCAGGCUCUUCGGCUAACGAAAAAGUCCGGUGAAACCCAGGAUCUCGUCACAUGGGAACAGCUAACAGACGAAGCGCGAGAUGCACUGAGUGAGUUCGAUUUCGAGUCUGAUCCAUCAAUCUCGAUGGUAGUGAUGCCACUGAAGGAUGACGUCUUCAGAUCAAUCCUCAAGGACUCAUACCCGUUUGAGUAA